AGGAGGAAGAGGAAAACAAGAGCAGCAGCCAGCGCAGCACAGCAGACAAGAACGUGUUCAGCUGUUCUCAUCCUCACAGAACUAGAAGCCUGGAGCCCUGUGCUGAGCCCAGCCGACCCUCCGACCUGCAUCAGCCUGCGCUGCCCCGUGGAGGCUAUGGAGUUGGGGGCUCCGCUGGUCCUGCUGCUGGUCACGGCUUGGCAUGGUCAGGGGGCCCCCAUCAUCGAGCCCAGUGGCCCAGAGCUGGUUGUAGAACAGGGUGCAACAGUGACCCUGCGAUGUGUGGGCAAUGGCAGUGUGGAAUGGGAUGGCCCCAUCUCUCCCUACUGGACCCUGGGCCCUGAAUCUCCGGGAAGCAUCCUGACCACGAGAAAUGCCACCUUCAAAAACACUGGGACCUACCGUUGUACUGAGCUUGAAGACUCCACGGCGAGCAGCAGCACCAUCCACUUGUAUGUCAAAGAUCCUGCCCGGCCCUGGAAUUUGCUAGCACAGGAGGUGACAGUGUUUGAGGGCCAAGAUGCUGUGCUGCCCUGCCUGAUCACAGACCCCGCACUGAAGGCCAGUGUCUCACUGGUGCGUGAGUCAGGCAGGCCGGUCUCCCGCAGAACGAAGUACUCCUUCUCGCCGUGGCAAGGCUUCAUCAUCCGCCAGGCUAAAAUCCUUGACAGUCAUCGAUACCAGUGUAAAGCUGUGGUGAACGGUAGAGUGUCCACCUCCAUCGGCAUCCAGCUAAAUGUGAAUCGAGUCCACCCAGGGCCCCCACCCAUAAUAUUGGAGCCUACUGAGCUGGUGCGGAUUCGAGGAGAGCCUGCCCAAAUUGUGUGCUCAGCCACAAAUGUGGACGUCAACUUCAAUGUUAUCCUCAAACGUGGAGACACCGAGCUUAAAAUCCCCGUAGGCACUGACUUCCAACAUGACCGUUAUAAAAAAGUCCUGACCCUCAUCCUCAAUGCCGUGGACUUCCAAGAUGCUGGCAAAUAUUCCUGUAUGGCCAGCAAUGGUGCCGGCCAACACACGACUUCCAUGAACUUCCGGGUGGUGGAGAGAGCCUACAUAAACUUGACCUCUGAGCAGAGCCUCUCACAGGAGGUGACUGUGGGUGACAGCCUCACCCUCGCGGUCAAUGCAGACGUCUAUCCUGGACUACAACAUUAUAACUGGACCUACCUAGGGCCAUUCUUUGAAGACCAGCAGAAGCUUAACUUUAACACCCAAGGGAACACAUAUAGGUACUCAUUCAUGCUCUUCCUGAACCGUGUAAAGAGUACAGAGGCUGGUCAGUACUCCUUAAUGGCACAAAACAAAGGAGGCUGGAGCAAUCUGACCUUUGAGCUCACCUUGCGAUAUCCCCCAGAAGUCCAUGUUACAUGGAUACCUGUGAAUGGCUCUGGUGUCCUGUCAUGUGUUGUCUCUGGGUACCCUAAGCCCAAUGUCACAUGGAUCGAGUGCAGGGGCCACACCAAUAGAUGUGAGGAGGCCCAGGCCUUGCAGAUCUGGAAUGAUACCCACACCAAAGUCCUGAGUCAGAAGCCCUUCCACAAAAUGAUCAUUGAGAGCCAACUGCUUGUUGCGACCUCCAAGCACAACACGACUUAUGCUUGCAGAGCCCACAACAACGUGGGGAACAGCUCUCAGUCUCUCAGGGCCAUCUUUCCAGAAGGAAGCACGAAGCUCCCUGAUGAGUCCCUGUUCACUCCAGUGGUGGUGGCCUGUAUAUCUGUCAUGUCGUUGCUGCUGCUAUUGCUGUUGCUGCUGUUGUACAAGCAGAAGCCAAAAUAUCACGUGCGCUGGAAGAUCAUCGAGAGCUACGAGGGCAACAGCUACACCUUCAUUGACCCCACCCAGUUACCUUAUAAUGAGAAGUGGGAGUUCCCCAGGAACAACCUGCAGUUUGGUAAGACACUUGGAGCUGGUGCCUUUGGGAAGGUGGUGGAGGCCACAGCGUUUGGUCUGGGCAAAGAAGAUGCAGUGCUGAAGGUGGCUGUGAAGAUGCUGAAGUCCACAGCCCAUACUGAUGAGAAGGAGGCCCUAAUGUCAGAACUGAAGAUCAUGAGUCACCUGGGACAGCAUGAGAAUAUAGUCAACCUCCUGGGAGCAUGCACACAUGGAGGGCCUGUCCUGGUCAUUACUGAAUACUGCUGCUAUGGUGACCUUCUCAACUUCCUGCGAAGGAAGGCCGAGGCCAUGCUGGGCCCUAGCCUGAGUCCUGGUCAGGACCCCGAAGGGGACUCCAGCUACAAGAACGUCCACCUGGAGAAGAAAUACGUGAGAAGGGACAGUGGCUUCUCUAGUCAGGGUGUAGACACCUACGUGGAGAUGAGGCCUGUCUCUACUUCUUCAAAUGACUCCUUCUUUGAGCAAGAUCUGGCCACAGAGGCCAGCCAGCCACUGGAGCUCUGGGACCUGCUGCGCUUCUCCAGCCAAGUGGCCCAGGGCAUGGCUUUCCUUGCUUCUAAAAACUGCAUCCACCGGGAUGUAGCCGCUCGAAAUGUGCUGUUGACCAGCGGACAUGUGGCCAAGAUUGGGGACUUUGGGCUGGCUAGGGACAUCAUGAAUGACUCCAAUUAUGUUGUCAAGGGCAACGCCCGCCUGCCUGUGAAGUGGAUGGCCCCAGAGAGCAUCUUUGACUGCAUCUACACAGUCCAGAGUGACGUGUGGUCCUACGGUAUCCUCCUCUGGGAGAUCUUCUCACUUGGUCUGAACCCCUACCCAGGCAUCCUAGUGAACAACAAGUUCUACAAACUGGUGAAGGAUGGAUACCAAAUGGCCCAGCCUGCAUUUGCACCAAAGAACAUAUACAGCAUCAUGCAGUCCUGCUGGGACCUGGAGCCUACUCACAGACCCACCUUCCAGCAGAUCUGUUUCCUUCUGCGGGAACAGGCUCAGCUGGACAGGAGAGAGCGGGACUAUGCAAACCUGCCAAGCAGCAGUAGCAGUAGCAGUGACAGUGGUGGUGGCGGCGGGAGUGGCGGCGGCGGCAGUAGCAGCGAGCCAGAGGAGGAAAGCUCCAGUGAGCACCUGGCUUGUUGUGAGCCAGUGGAUAUUGCCCAGCCCCUGUUGCAGCCCAACAAUUACCAGUUCUGCUGAAGUGGGACAGCGGGAGCACUGCUGCUCCCCCAUGUCCCAGCUCUACCUCCUCCAUGGACGGGCAACAUGGGGAGAACAUAUGAACUUUGUCCUCAGCUUGGCCCAGCUCUGCAACUUCAGAACAUUGAGGGGCCUGGGGAGGUCAGAAGCCCCCAAUCCCAGAGCCUGGGCCAUCACUGCCAGUGGGGUUUUCACAGUGCUAGCCUGUAUUUACUAUGCCAAUUGGUGCACCCCUAGUUCACUUUCUUUAUUCUGUUCCCACUUGAAAGAACCCCUGUUCCUAACUCUCUUGUGUUUCUAUGGAAAAACUGAUUUGCGUCUCAGAAAGACAAGGUUCCC